UUCGUGGGUGGGUCGUUGGCUACCACGACCGCGUCCCAUCCAAAGAGAAAGAGGCGCUGCGGAGGAGGAUAGUAGCAGCUAGCCAAUGGCGAAGGGCGGGCUGGGCAAGCUGCGGUGCAUGAUAAGGAGGUGGCACUCGUCGAGCCGCAUCGCGCGCGCGCCGCCGGCGGCCAGCCACGGCGACGACGACGACGGCGCCGUCGUCGCCGUCUCCAGCGGCGGCGGGGCGUCGUCGUUCCACGGCGCGGACGAGGUGCCCAAGGGCCUGCACCCGGUGUACGUGGGCAAGUCGCGGCGCCGGUACCUGAUCGCCGAGGAGCUCGUGGGCCACCCGCUGUUCCGGACCCUCGUGGACCGCAGCGGCGGGGGAGCGGCGGCGGGCACCGUGGUGGUCGGCUGCGAGGUCGUGCUGUUCGAGCACCUGCUGUGGAUGCUGGAGAACGCGGACCCGCCGCCGGAGUCCCUCGACGAGCUCGUCGACUACUACGCGUGUUGCUGAAGCGCUGCUCAUCAUAGCCGCGGUAAACCCGAUGAUUCUGCGCGUCUCGGUCCCUAGGGGUGUAGAAGGAUCGUCGUGGCGGCGGCGGCGUCGGUGCUAAUCCAAGAGGCCACUGCAGAUUUACUUGGAUCCGUCGCUGUUAAUUUGAUUGUGAUUGCUUGUAGUUUACCACCGUCUAUGCAUUGCAUGCAGAUGCAGCCCAAGGCCGCCGCUGCUCUUUCGUCUCUCCGUCGUCUCGACUGGAUUCCGUUCCAUUUCCUCUAAUUUCUUCGGUCGGUCGGUCGGUCGUGUAACAGACAUUUUUUGCAUUAUUUU